AUGGUGUUCCCGCGCAAACAUCACCCUGCCGCGAGUGCUCUCAGAUCUUCCCCUCGAGCAAACGGUCGGUCCGCUCGCACGGCCAAGUCUUCCAGCUUCACUUUCACAAAUGCAAUCAUUGCAUGCACGCUCUUACUUGGGCUUUAUCUGACCCAUUGGCUCUAUAGCCGACCGCCUCUCUGGAGCGGCGGCCGUACUGAGCAUGUGUAUUGGGAAGGUAGAAGAGCCGAAGUGAAAGAGGCAUUCGUCACCAGUUGGGAGGCAUACUCAAAGUAUGCAUGGGGCUACGACAGGUUCCACCCUGUGUCCAAGAAAGGAUCUCAGAUGAGCUCCAAAGGACUGGGCUGGAUCAUCGUCGACAGCCUGGACACCCUGAUGCUGAUGAACCUCAGCUCGCAGCUUUCCGACGCCCGCCUCUGGGUGAGCAGGAACCUGGACUACGACCAGGACCAAGACGUCAACACCUUCGAGACGACGAUCCGGAUGCUCGGCGGGCUCCUGUCGGCCCACUACCUGGCCAAGGAGCUGCGGCUGCCCGGCGCCUCCUCCCGCCGCGACUACAUCUACCUCUCCAAGGCCGUCGACCUGGCCGACCGCCUGCUCGGCGCCUACGACUCGCCCUCGGGUAUCCCGUACGCCAGCAUCGACCUACGCACCGGCCGCGGCAUCCGCUCACACGCCGACGGCGGUGCAUCAUCCACCGCCGAGGCCACCACCCUCCAGCUGGAGAUGAAAUACCUGUCCAACAUCACCGGCAACGACGUCUACUGGCGCAAGGCCGAGCACGUCAUGAAGGUCAUCGACGACAACGCCGCCGAGGCCGGCCUGGUGCCCAUCUUCGUGGACCCGCACUCGGGCAGGUUCACGACGCGGGAGAUCCGUCUCGGAAGCCGGGGGGAUUCGUACUACGAAUACCUCAUCAAACAGUACCUCCAAACCAGCCACCAAGAGCCCAUCUACGCCCACCUCUGGGCCGAAGCCCUCGCCGGCAUCCAACAACAUCUCGUCAUCCCCACCGCACACGCACGCCUCACCUUCGUCGCCGAGCUCCCCCACGGCAUCGGCGCCCCGCUCUCCCCCAAAAUGGACCACCUCGUCUGCUUCCUGCCCGGCGCCAUCGCCCUGGGCGCCACCGGCGCCAUCGCCGAACAGUACGCCGCCGCCCGGCACGAGCUCAUGCCGGGGGGCUGGACGCGCGAAGACAAGGACGGCCAGAUGGCGCUCGCGCGGGAGCUGAUGAAGACGUGCUGGGCCAUGCACGGCGUCACGGCGACGGGGCUCGCGCCCGAGAUUGUGUGGUUCGACGCGGACGAGGCGGUGUUGUCACGCCGCGAAAAGGGGUCCGUUCCUGGUCCGCUGGCCGAGAGCUCCGACGACAGGGCGUUGUGGGAAAAGGACUGUACGGUCAAGCCGCUCGAUGCGCACAACUUGCAGCGGCCGGAGACGGUGGAGAGCCUGUUCGUCAUGUGGCGGGUCACGCGGGAUCCGGUGUACAGGGAGUGGGGGUGGGAGAUCUUCAAGGCGUUUCGGGAGCAUACGCUGGUCGCGGGCGGCGAGGGCUACUCGUCGGUUGGCGACGUGAAUGCCGUGCCGCCUCCGAUGCGGGAUAAUAUGGAGAGCUUUUGGCUGGCUGAGACGCUCAAGUACUUGUACUUGUUGUUCUCUCCGGACGACUUUUUGCCACUGGAGAAGGUCGUUUUCAACACCGAAGCCCACGUGUUUCCGCGGAUGGAGCUCGGCAAGUUUAGCACAGGGUGGGAGCGCAGGCGUGGAGCGAAGUGA